CCCCCGCCUCCCCUGGCCCCCGCCUCCCCCUGGCCCCCUCCUCCCACCGACAUGGGCUUUGGGCUAUCCAGAGGCCUCCAGCGCAGCGGCUCCAAGAUGCGUAACUUCAACUGGGAUGCGAUCCCCAAACACGUGGUGGUGGGCAAACACAACAUCUGGACGGAAGAGAAGACCCUGGGAGAGUAUGAGCUGGACACUCAGAGGAUUGAGGAGCUGUUCAGUCACAGCCGACAUCAGGGACAGGGACAGGUACAGAAGGCUCUGAACAGACAGAGUCUCAGAGGCAAGCCAACCAACGGUCAGGGCACAGAAGUGGUAUCUAUACUGAACUCCAAGAGAAGCAUGAACGUUGGGAUCUUCCUGAAACAGUUCAAGAGGCCAGUGGGAGACAUGAUCAACGACAUCAGUUCAGGAAACGGACUGAAAUUUGGGACAGGUAAACUGAAGGAGCUGUGUAAGCUGCUGCCAGAGAAAGAAGAGGUGAAGCAGCUAGUUGGGUUCAAAGGGGACGAGUCAGCUCUUCCUGAAGCAGACCUGUUUAUGAUGCUACUUAUCAAGGUACCCAGUUAUGAGGAGCGCCUCAACAGUUUGGUUCUCAAAGAAGAGUUUUUCCCAUUCAUGGAUGAAAUGAAACGAUCCAUCGCCACCAUGAUCACAGCUGGAAAAGAGCUGUUAGAGUGUGACGACCUACACUCUGUGAUCCGCCUGGUGCUGAAGACUGGAAACUACAUGAACGCUGGUGGCUAUGCUGGCAGUGCCAUUGGCUUCAGGAUGGCAUCGCUACUGAAACUAGUGGACACAAGGGCCAACAAACCAGGCAUGAACCUCAUGCACUAUGUAGUCAUGCAAGCUCAGAAGGUUGAUGUGGCCAUGCUGAAAUUCCCAGACAAACUCACACACAUCGCCGAUGCUGCAAGGAUCCAUAAAGAGGACAUAGAGAGUGAGUUUCAGAGAGAGGUGAAGAAAGUAAAGGAGGCGAAGGAGGAGGUGCAGAAACAGGAGGAGCUACGGGCUCAGAUGGAUAACUUUCUCAAGGAAGCAGAGUGUCGUCUGGCUGAGACUGAGCUCUCUCUGCAGUCGCUGGGUUCAGUCAGUGACUCAGUGGCUGAGUACUUCUGUGAAGACCCCAGUAAGUUCAGACUGGAGGAAUGCUGCUCCAUCUUCAGCUCUUUCUGUGCAAAGUUCCUGAGGGCCAUCCAGGAGAACCGUGAUCGUGAGGUGGCGGAGGUGAAGAGGAGAACCAGAGACAGACUGCUGAGUGAUGCUGCUAAACGCCGUUCCACCGCCACCUGCUCCAUACGGGACAAGGAUAUGGAGGGUGUGGCCCUGGAGUCCGUACUACAGAAGUUCCUGACCAGUCAUGGGUCCCAAAGGAGAAAAGGCAAGGGCACACCUUCCUGCACCAGUAGCAGCAUAUCAAAGGUCCCCAUUCAAGUAAACCUCCCCUCUGCAGAACAGGGAAACCAAGGUUCUGUUAAGGCCACAGAGGUGUGUAAGGAGAAUGAGUGGAACACUGCCAGAGACCUGACUGGGACCUCUCAGAGUGACCAGAAGGACCAGUCCCACAGCAAAAAUAACUGGAAAGAGAACAUGGUUCCAAAUCCAGAGGAGACACAGCAAAACCCUAAGAAACCAGAGCAGAACCACAGAGGUUCUAGUUCUGGUUCUACACAGCCAACCAGGAGAACCGGUAGCAGCAGCUCCUCCUCUUGCUCCUCCACAGGUAGACCCAUCUCAGUGAUGAUGAAGGACAAGGAGGAAGAGGAGGAGGAGGGAAAUGAGGAAGAAGCCCAGAUGUUGCGUGAAGUGUCCAAGAAGGUUCUGAGGUAUCAGAACAGCCGUGGUAGUCUUUCGUCUGGGGAGUACGGCCUGGAGCAGCAGAAGUCUCCUAAUGCCACCAAUAAUACUAACACCUCCACAAGAUCACCCAACGCUACGACCACUAAUGCUACAUUCUCCACCAUCUCCACCAUCACCUCCACCUCCCCUCACCAGAGGACCUUCCAAGAGGAUAGACAGCGGCUGCUGGGAGAUGCAUGUAGAGGCAGCGAGAGUCUGGCUAGAUACCUCCUCAACCCUCACCUCUCCCCCAAGGGAAUACUCACCCGCAGACACACCUUCACCCUCCUCCCUAAAGCCCCUCCUACUGAGGAAGAGGAAGAGGAUGAUCUGUUCAUUUUUCCUGCUACUCCUACUCUGGGGGUCAUAGGGAGGAUGAAGUCAGUAGACACUGGUCUGAUGUCCCCGAAACACAAAGCCUCUGGAGGACCUAACCUCACCAAACUCCCUGGCCACUCUGAGAAGUCUUGUGUCCAAGACCUGGUGUCUAAGAGUCCCUUGUCAAAACACAACGUCUUGACAACAAGUCUCAACAUCCCCAGGGACUCUGAAAACAGAGGCUUGGUGGUACCCACCACCCCUCGCCACUGUGAGACAUCUGGUGUCCAGCAGGACACGGUAUCCAACAGCUUGUCAGCAGCAGAGAGACCUACACAUGUAGAGCUAAGAGAGCUAAAUCAAGACAAGAGCUCCUCUAUAGUCAAGUCAAAACCUCCCCCCUUACACCUAGAACUCAACCACAACCAGGAUGAGGAGAUAAAGGAGUUUUCUCCCACCCCUCUCCAGACACUCGUCUCCCAGAAACCCAAGCAGGCUGACCCUCCUCAGAGCCCCAAACACAAUAUGGAUAACCCUUCUAAGAGCCCGAAGCCCAAACCUUCAGAGACCAAUGGAUUCAUGUCUUUCUUUAAACGCCUGAGAGAGAAGAGCAGGCCAAUGUGAGGAAUCUGGUGUCCAAGACCAGGUGUCCAAGAGUGUUAGCAGAGAGACCUACACACAUAGAGCUGAACCAGGAGACAUUUACAUUUACAUUUACAUUUAAGUCAUUUAGCAGACGCUCUUAUCCAGAGCGACUUACAAAUUGGUGCAUUCACCAAAAGAGUCUGUCCUGGACAAGCCCUGAGCCCAAACCAGAUGGCUAUGGAUUCAUGUCUUUCUUUGAACAACUGGGAAAGAAGAGCAAGCCUUGCUAACAACAAGGAUAUAGACUCUAGAGGUGCUCUAGACUCGUGAUUCAUCUAUUUAUUCAGAUUCAGACGACUCAGACAGAUGUUACAUUGCCCUCUGGUCUAUUGAAUAUAUUUAUAUCCAUCCGUUGAUUUUAUAAAGGCUUAAUUCAAGGGAACUGUUGAAGUGUAUUUUUAGUGGUAAAUAAUGAUCUGCUGAAACUUGGAGAAUGUGUCCAAAAGACAAAUGCCACUUUAUUCCACUAGGUGGCAGAGUGAGACAACAACGCCACAUGUAGUGUGCUGUAGGCCACCAACAAAUCACUGUUGAUUCAUUCUACCACCUCAUAUUCCCCCACAGAAGAGCAUGACACUUACUGUAAUAUGUUUACCAAUGUCUUUAAUAAUAGUGAUAUAUUUACAUCAGUAUUCUUCUGACUAAAUAAAACCACUGUUGAGUAGAAUGGACCCCAUGUGAUCUUUACCUUGGAAAAUACUGGAACUAUCUUUGCCAUAUCCAGUACUAUUCAAUUAUAUUUGCCUGAAGAUAUACUUACAGAGCUGUAGAAAUGACAUUAAAUUACAGGCGAGGGCCUGUAAAGAGAAAUACACAGUAUUAAGAUCAAAUCAUUUCAUGGACAAACCUGUUAAAUAAUAAAAGUGUUUUGCAUUACA